AUCUUGACGCCAGGUGGUCCGACACGCAUACGAUUAUAUUUUUCCGAAACCCAUCUCUCCUGGUAUUAACGUUACCUUCACACAUCUCUCACAAAUCUGCUAAUUCAUCGCUUAAUCGUCAUCCUUUUUAGAUCUCUCAUUCGGAUCUCCACUUUUCUGAACCCUAAAACCCUAAACCAUUCAUCCCCAACUCUUCUCCCCCAAUUUCAAUUCGUACCCUAAUUCAUGAUACAAAUCUAGAUUUUCAGCUGUCAACAUCUUACACUUAAUCCGAUGGUGGUCUGUAAGUGCCGAAAGGCAACUAAACUGUACUGCUUUGUACACAAGGUCCCUGUUUGUGGAGAAUGCAUAUGCUUUCCAGACCACCAAAUCUGUGUGGUUCGAACAUACUCAGACUGGGUGAUUGAUGGAGAGUAUGACUGGCCUCCAAAGUGUUGCCAAUGUCAAGCCGUGCUCGAAGAAAAUGGUGCUUCUCCAACGACAAGGCUGGGUUGCUUGCAUGUCAUACAUACAAGCUGCUUAGUUUCACAUAUUAAAAGUUAUCCUCCUCACACUGCCCCCGCUGGAUAUGUUUGUCCAGCAUGCUCAACUUCGAUAUGGCCCCCUAAAAGUGUUAAAGACUCCGGUUCCCGUUUACAUUCGCAGUUGAAGGAAGCAAUUGUUCAGACUGGAAUUGAGAAGAAUGUGUUUGGAAAUAAUCCAGUUUCAUUGGCGGCAAGGCCUGUUUCCACUGAGCCUUUAGUAACAAAAGAUGAUGUAGGAAAUGGUUCUACUAGACCUUCAAGCAUAGAUAUUGUUGAAAUAGAUGUUCCUAAUUCAGCAAAUCAUUUAAGAAGCCCACCGUCUGGUGUUCCUGGUGCUACCACAAGAAAGAGUGCACAACAAGUUGAAAGGCAAAAUUCUGAGGUUUCAUAUUAUGCAGAUGAUGAAGAUGCUAAUCGCAAGAAGUACUCCAGGAGAGGAGGAAUUCGCAAUCAGUUUUUGAGGAAAUUGCUACCUUUCUGGUCAAGUGCAUUGCCAACGUUACCAGUUACCGCACCACCAAGAAAAGAUGCAAAUGCAGAUGACGCCCAUAGGCCCCACCAUAGACCUUCAAGGAUGGAUCCAAGAAAGAUACUUCUUGUCAUAGCAAUCAUGGCGUGUUUGGCAACAAUGGGUAUUCUGUAUUACAGAAUUGCACAACGCGGUUUUGGGGAAGAAGUGGGUCAAGAAGAGGAGCAGUGAUCCAUAGCUGAUUUGCUUCUUUUGGAUUGCAAUGAGAUUAUGUUUACUUUUGGACAUCCCUCCCUACUUUGUUUAAAUUGGUUUGGAAUUGUUUUUGUUACUUUAUUACACCCAACUUUCUCCAAAAUAUUUAUGAUGUUGCAUAUGCUCAUACGCAUCUUAUUUUGCA